GCCAGAACGGCUCCGUCGCGCCGCAGUGACGCCGGGGCGGUUCCGGGGCCGGAGUCCGCGGCCAUGGCGUCACCGGAGGGCGGCGGGAGCAGCUGCCGGCUGGAGUUCGAUGUUCAGAUGAGCUGCCAGGGCUGCGCCGACGCCGUGCGGGCAGCGCUGGAGGCGGCCCCGGAGGUGAAGCUGCUGGAGCUGCGGCCCCAGGAGCAGUCGGUGCUGGUGGAGACCACGGCGGCGGCCGAGCGCGUGCGGGAGCUGCUGGAGAACUCGGGGUGCAGGGCCGUGCUCAAGGGCAUGGGGGGCUCCCCUGAGGCUCCCCCCGGGGGGGCGGCGGUGGCGGCGCUGGGGGGUCCCGGGGGGGUCCGGGGGCUGCUCCGCUUCCUGCAGCUCUCCCCCGGCCGCUGCCUCGUGGACGGCGCCGUCUCGGGGCUCCCCCCCGGCCCCCACGGGCUCCACAUCCACGAAUUCGGGGACCUCUCGGACCCCUGUGACAGGUGAGAGGGG